CAGCCCAUGCCGCAAAUUUGGCGAGACGGGAGUGUUGGUUGCCAGCAUCGUCACACACACACACACAUGCAUGAAAAUGGUUUGGUUUGCCUUGCUUGUUUGUGUCUCGCAUCAACGACACUUUUACUCCACUUGGGUUGUCUGUCUUCCUGCGCCGUCUUCACCAAUCCACUCCAUCCAUCUGCGCACGUACGUACAUACAUACGUCGUAGGGCUUUCGUCGAAGUCGCCGGCAACAACACCACGAUCCAGACCAAUCCCGCGACGAUCACGACACCAGUUCAAAUCUCAGUCGCAGAAGCAGCAGGAGUAGCACUGUGAGCAAGAAGGAAAUGGACGCACAUCAUGUGCCAGCAGAGCCACAGCCAAACACAGGCGUCAAGCAGUAUGCCGUGAGCGCAGCAGGGUUGCAGGCCUUUCAGAACAAGACCUCCACCCAAGGGCCUGGCGUCAUCCUCGAGAACUUUGGGAACGACCGCAAGGUGGUGUCGCUGCGCAUCUACAAAGGCAAAGCCAUCACCGCUCCCGGCGUGCAGUACAAGAGCAUCUUCAUCCACACGGGCAUGACCACCCGAGACGUGAUUGUGCGGGCUCUGAACAAGUUUGACGUUGCUGAGGAUCCACACAACUUUGCUCUCUGCUACACGAAGAACAAAGAGGGCGGCGGGAAGAAAAUGCUCAAACUGCCACGCAGGAGCACCGGCACCCUCGUGCUUGCAGACACGGAUUUGCCAGUCUUUGUCGCCGAGCAAUACAAGUCCGACAAGCGAAGGUUUGAGCUGCUGCGAAUCCGGCCGGCAACGGGGUCGCGCCAGGGAAGUUCGCUCAGCGUGGGCGCAGAGGCAGCACUCCCACGCGAACAAGGCGACGGUGCCACGGGCGCCACCACAAGUACGACGAACAACAGCAGCGCCAGCAGCAGCCGGCCAGCCACUGCGGCAUCCACAGCUUCAACAGCUGCGGCAGCAACAGCACGACACCAAUCAACUACCAGCGAGCAGCAGCAGAGUGGCGAGGUCGCAAGCACCGCUGCAGGUGACAAGCAAGCACAGGCAAUGCCGUCUUCACAACAGCUGCCACAAACCGCCACCGCAGCUGCUACAACCACAACACCUGCAAAGCAGGCCAUGUCACCACAGCAACAGAAGCAGCAGCAGCAGCAGCAGGCACAUGAGAGCACCGCAGCGUCGCGGUCGUUCGUGGACGGCAGCGUCUCUGAGAGUUUCCGCAGCACGACCAGCGCCCACUCGCACGCGUCUGAUGCACAGGACAUCCCACCACUUGUUGUGCGGGAGAUGAACGACUCGCCUGUCACUGCGCGGUGGAUGCAGGGCACAAGCACGACGUCGCCAGCAGCAGUUGUGCCGUCGCCGCCAGCCAUCCGCGCGUCAAUGGGCGAACGCGCUCUGCCGCUGCCACGCUCGCCACGCCGCAGCCCCAAGACAACGGCACGCGCCAACUCAGCAGCAGACGACAGCACCAAGGAGCAGCCACAGCAGCAGCAGCAACAACAACAACAGCAACAACAACAACAACAACAACAACAACAACAACAACAACAACAACAACAACAACAACAACAACAACAACAACAACAACAACAGGAACAACAACAGGAACAAGAGCAGGAAGUGGACAUGACAGAGAUCACUGACGCGGGCACAGCCCAGCCGACACCGGGGCGCAGGGCAAACAAGGUGACAGAGCAUUCGCCCACGCUGCAGUGUGUGGUUCACGGCCACGUGACAGACGCGUACCGCAUGCCAGUUGGCUCCACCAUCAUCGGCUCCCGCAGCGCCAACGCACACGUCGUUGUCACGGGCCCAGGCAUCCUGCAGCAGCACUGCGAGCUGUUUGUCACCACCACCGGCGUGGCUGUCUCGCCCUUCCCCGGCGCCACCAUGUACGUUGAUGGCGUGCUGGCGCGCCGCCCGCUUGCCCUCGCCGACAACGCCAGCAUCGGGCUUGGCCACUGCCAGGACUUUGAGCUGCGCCUGCGCCUCAACAGCAACAUGGUGCGCCACACCCCCGUCACCCGCGUGCUGCUGCCGGAGGAGGUGACCACCAUGUUCACGGGCAUUGCGGCCACGCGCGCCACCAACGCGGCUUCUGGCGCAACGGGGCCGUCCAUGUCCGACUCGUACUUCUUCAGCCGUCUCGACGACGUCACCAUGUCGCCCACAUCCCCGCGCUCCCCACGCCUCUCGCUGGCGGCAACACCGCGCCCGCUGCCCACCCCCAAGCGCUACGCGGACAGGACAGUGGACGUGGAUGAGGUGGUGCACCCAGCCAGGCGGCUCAGCCAGGGAACAGCAGCAGCGACAACCAGCAGCGCUGCACACACACGCAGCGGCGGCAGCACCCCGGGUCGCGGCGAUGGCGCCGAUGCUGAUGCUCCUGUUGCUGACGACGAUGACUUGCAUGCGUCCAUGGAAGAGUUCCAGCAGCAGGAGAGGGCGAUUCGACGCGAGUCACAGCUGCGGCUCAUGCAGGCCGGAGGUGGCAAUGAGGAUGACGAUCAUGAAGGCGAUGAUGAUGAGUUUGAGAGUGUGGAGGAGUAUGAUGAUGAUGAUGAUGAUGAUGACGACGACGAUCGCGGCUAUGCCCAUGAUGAGGAUGCCUUUGAGAUGUCGCUGGAUGUGGAUGAGCUUCGGUGCUCACCAAAGGCGGCGCAGCACGACAUGUCCUCGUCUAUCGCGCCGGCGUUCAUCAGCGGCAUUGCCUCACACCUGGAGCAGCUGGAGCUGUUUGUCAACGACGACAGCACCAUGGCUGACUCGCACCUCGACGCUUCUGCUCCUGUGGCUGCUGCUGCAACCACGUAUGAGCAGCAAGGCAAGCGGGAGAGCAACGAAGAUGACGCAGUGACGAUUGACGAAGCGCCAGAGACCGCCAUGCACAACGAUCAACAGCAGCAACAGCAGCAGCAGCAGCAGCAGCAGCAUGUGGAGGAGAGGAAGGCGUGGGAAGGUCAGCAGGAAGAGGUGCACGAGCAGGGGCCGCAGGUCAUCAGCGACUCCGUGCUUGAGGAUGACGACGCAUGGGCGCAUGCCAUGGAGGCAGAGGACAGGGAAGAUGAAGGCGAUUGCCACCACGACAAUGAGGAUGAGGCCCGGGGGUAUGUCACCAUUGCUGGCGCCACAUGCGACAGCACAAACGACUACGGCCAUGACAUCGAUCAGCUUGACCACGACAGCCAAGCUGCAAGCGCACGUGGCCGUGAUCGUGAGGCCACAGCGUCACCCGAAGCGUGCGAAGCUGCUGCCGUGCUGACAACGCACGCCAUCACGUCGGCCGUGCACGAGGCGGCCGAGGCGAUUCGACGGAGCAGCCAGAGCGAUGUCGGCAGCGAUGCUGGCGAUGCUCGCAACGCUGGUGAGAAGGCAAGUGGUGGUGAGAUUGUCCAAGGCGACGAGCAGGGAACCCACGGCAAUGGCGCUGCUGACGCCACAACCAGUGCAAAGCAGGCGCUUGGGCUCAAGGACAAUCUGCCGCAGCCUCGUCGGCGCCGCCACAAGCAGUUCAAGCCGCGGUCCAUGGACGACCUGCUUCGACAGGCCGGCAUCAAGGGCGCCCCACCGAAGACGCCACCGGCUGCCGCAGAGGACAGCCGCGACGCUGGUGUCUCGCAGCCAACGACGGAGCCAACGGCAGAGGUGCUCGCAACGACAGAGGUGCUCGCAACGACAGAGGUGCUCGCAACGACGACAGCCGUGACGCCAGAUGUGUCUGCUGUGACCUCCACGACAUCCGUGGGCAUUGACAACCGUCCCGAGAGCGCCGUGGAGUCUGCAGUUGCAUCUGCACCGCAAUCGACAACAGACCUCGUGGUCCUCCGCAGCGCAGCCGCUGCCGUCAAUACAUUCAAGCGGCCGGAGGAAGAGGAGCAAGAGGAGUUUGCAGAUGCGCUGGAGCCGAGUGAGGACGACGAGGAAGAGCUGCCCGUUGCCGCUGCACCGCCACAGGCGCCUUUGAAGAAGACAGCUGAGAAGAAGGAAGAAGGCAUCGUUGAAGGGGAAGAAAAGAGGCCCGCUGCUGAUGUCAGCAACAGCGCCAGAAGCAGUACCAGCAGUGGUAGCGGUGCUGAGCCCACAUACAAACCACUAUUGCGGGCGCUGCCAAAGCCACGCCGGCGUGGCGAGACAAAGCAGGAUCCGCAGCCAAGCGCACCGGAGGUGGAGCAUGCUGUGGUGUCCACAUAUCCAACACUCGCGGCCAUGGCAGCCGACCCUGUCAUUGCAAAGCCUGUGCAGCCGGCCAAACUGCUCACCACCACCACCACCACCAGCAGCAGCAGCAGCAGCAGUAGCAGCGCUGUCAGCACGCUCGUGCAGAACAGGCUGCCCCUCCCCAAGCCAAGGCAACGGCGCCGACAACAGGCAAAUGAGCAGCACGCACAAGCUAAGCAGCAGCAACAGCAGCCUGAACAACAGCCUGAGCGGCAGGAACGGGGGCACAGCGAGGCAGCUGUCGGUACGACCUCAACGGCUCGGUCGCAAACGAGUGGACCCGUGUCACCGCGGGUCAAGCUGCCACCGCCGUCCGCCCCUCGCCUGCUGCGGGCACCGAGUGCACGUGCAAAGGCCGCUGCACAGCACCAGGAGCAGAAGCAGCCUGUGGCGAGCAGGAAGGACCUGCCGAAGCCAAGGUCACAGGCCGGGCCACAGCCACAGGCAGCGAAGGCGCAAGCGCCAACGAGGGCAGAGGACGUGCAGCCGCUGUUGCAGCCGCGCACGCACGCUGUGCACAGCAACACGGCUGCCACCGCUGUUGCCAAAGCAAACCGUAGAUCGGCGUCGCUGGACGAGACAGGGUCGCCGCGUCGCGCGAGCGUUGUGGUGGACGACGUGCCCUCUGCAGCCGACCGCGGCCUCAGAUCAACUGGCAUCGACCUCAAGACAUUCGACAGGGACCGCACGCGCUCCCCACGACAGUCGGCGUCGCGAUACACGGACGCGGGCCUGCGCAGCACGGGAAGAAAGUGGUACCAGAUCCAGGCAGCCAGGCGGAUGUCUGCUGUGACGACAACGGACACCGGGCCACGUCGGCCAGAGCGAUUGACGUUUGCUGACCGGCUCAAGCUGUUUGAAAACUGA